AUGAGGAAAAGAAAGAUCAUUGCAGAUCGAUACCUGGGAAGUCGGUUCGAUAAGGAGAAGCAUCGAAAGUACAACGCUCUGCUCUACACGCAUGACCUUGAUGGGGAGACGCCGAUUACCUUGUCAAAGAAUCCGAGGCGGACGGCCAAGGGAGAAGAAGCCUAUAAUGAGGUGAAGUUCCUGUACGGACUAGAGCUUAUCAACCAGCAAGAAUACCUCCCUACCUCGGCCUCACUCCUCGGAUCAUGCGCAGGCGGUUCAGAUGCCCAAGAGUUUGAGGACGCGGCAAAGUGGGAGAGGCUGGUGUACCAGCGGCACAACGCGCUGACAGCGUUCGCGUUCAACAUCGACCUGCUCGACCGGACGAAGCUGGACCAUAAGGAGGAUAAGACGAAGAGUGAUGAGGAUGGGAAGGCAAAGAUCAGCAGGCGCUACAAGAUCCACAGAGAGACGAGGCAGACGCUCAUUCGGCCGCUUGAGGCAGAUUUCACAUGGCUCGGCUUCCUACUCUACGUCGUCACUUUCCUGGCAAAGAGCUACACCCUCGUGAUCCAGAUCAUCACGAUCGCCGGGAUCUGUUCGGCAUCGUACUUCUGCCCUUUCAACAGAAACCCGCUGCUUCCAGUCACAGCUCCUCCUGCCAAGUACAGAGCCAGUCAGAUUUAUCAAUCCUUCAAUUACUUCCAGACCUAUGAUCGCCCGUGGGUGCCAUGGCUGAGGGAGAGCUGCAAGGGGGAGGAUGCAAACUGCAAGGAUCCAGGUUACGUCGUUCAGUGGCCGUACAUGCAAGUCACGAAGAAUGGCACUUCCAUGGUCGACAUUCCUCAGGAGCUCAUGGCGGCCGCCAGUUGCACUCUUAGGAACAACGACUGGAUUUUCGACCCCUUCCUCAAGAGGGUGCGCAGUGAGUUCUUGGACUGCUCGAAAAGAGACGGCAACGUGCCGUUCAAGGUGGAUGGGACCUGGUUCCACUGGAAGCCAAAGUACUACUACAGCAACCAUGCUGAGACACUGGCCUGCAAGAAAGAGGUGUUUAACUUUGACAGCCGCAUCGUGACAGAGGAGGUCAAGGUUCAACAGGAGCUGCUGAACUGCAUCGUGCAAACGAGCAUCGCUCAGUCAGACCUUUGCUCCUGCGACCAGUCGGGUUGGACCAAGCUGGAGAGGUUGAGGCGAGGACCUCAGUUUGUUGUCCGUCUCUUCUCGAACGACCAGAAUGCGAUCCAGAACGAGACAUUCAAGCCUGACUCGCUCUGUGGCGGAGACUCCGUCGCUGGGAAAUUCUGCAUGCAAGACAGUGACUGUAGUGGCAACAAGUGCAAAGCGGUGUACACGAGCCAGCGGCACAUCUCUGCAAACAACCUUUACGGUUGUUUCUUCGAGACUCCCGACGCUUUGGCUGUCAUGCAAAACAAAUUCUUUACCUGCGCCCCGGCUGGACCGUUUGACAAGCUCUUCGCGCCCGGAGGACAAGCUGAACGCCUCCGAGCUCUAACAACAGGAGUGACGUUGAGAACCUGGCUCCUUACGGUCUUCUUAAUCAAGGAGGGAAGCUUGAUUUCAGGCUUUGCUCUCUGGAUCAUUUUCUACUCUCUGAUUGCAAUCCUGGCAUUUGUGUUGGCGCCAUUCCUCAUGUACGACCUCGUGUAUUGUUUGAGGAUCUAUCUCCUUUCGCUGAGCGGGAGCAAGAACAAGAAGCAGAGGUUGAACUUCGUUCAGAUGUAUGACUGGUCACAGUUCAUGCUGGCUCUCAUGGACGCUGUCAACGACCAGGCAGAGAUCUUGUGGUCCAUGGUCACAAACUUCUCCACCACGUAUCCAGCUCUCUCUCCUCUCCUUGCCUUUGACAACCUCAACCCCCAACAGGCCUUGCUCUCUGGACGAGUCAACGCCUCCAUCAAGUCUCGUCUCUCAAGCACCAUGAAGGAUUUUGACCGCAAACUCACCGACAUUGCCAACACUAUUUACGAUCUCACCCUCCUUCUGAGUUUAGGAGGUGCUCCAGAUUCCACCAUCAUCAGUUCCUUGGUCCUCACGUUGACAAACUUGCUCUACACGAUGAACGUCGAAAAGGUGAAGCUGACGAGAAUUGUACGUCCUCUUGAAGACCUCAACGAUAACAGGCUGUCCAAGUUUGAGACUGCAUUGCUGCUGGUUAAGAUCAUGGAAGAUAUGCUCGACAGAGACAUCCAGUACAACUUCGUGCAGGUCUUCAAGGAGGGGCCGGACGCGACGCAAAACGAGAGGCUCAUCCCUUACAUCCCUCAAGAAUUCAUAGAAAAGGCGAAGGAGAUGCCGGAGGAGCCGGAGGAGAAUAAGAGCAUGAUGAUACAGCUCCACAACAAGAUCCAAAAGCUCCUGAUCUCCUUCAUCGGGGAUGGGAACGAGAAGAUCCCUCCCUACUGGCUCGAAAUGCCUGAGCUCCCACAGGACCUGAUAGACAAGUUUGGACACGACGGGGAGGGAUUUCAGGCACAGAAUCCCAACAGGACUGUGAUGAAGGACAGCAACAACGUCCUGAGCCUCUCCGACGAGGCGGGAGUCAAGGAGUUUCUCCAGAGGCUGCAGCCCUCCAUCGACAAGGUGAAGGCACUGGGAGCUCGCAAAGAGGAGCAGGCGCAGGAGGAUGCUCCGUGCUGUGUAGACCUCUUCCCCUCAUUGGAUGACGUGGAGGAGUCGAUCCGUGACGAGGAGGAGCUUCAUCGCAAGCCCAGGAUCUUGUUCUACGGGGAGUCGAACCUCCAGUCCGCGUUGGAACGUCAAGAUCAGAGAUCGCCAGAGGUGCCAACGGCGCCUGACACCCACAGGAUGCAUCAAGUCCAGCCUGCUACUCCCCAAGAGCAUCAAGAGAUCUCCUUCGUCGAAGCUCAGCCAGUCCUGCACCCUGCAGAUCUCGAGCUCCAGCUGCCUUCGGACGGCAAGGGCUCGGGCUACCUCUCAGCUCCUCGUCCUACUCAGGAGACUGACUCGCAAGACCAAGGAGACGCCUCUCCUCCUGCUGCCGAUGCUCAAGGUGGACAAGAGCCGGAGCCGGAUGCCGCCAUGGAGACGAACGAGUUGAGGCGAACUAGUGCCCUUAAUCUGAGGCGGACUCUGGCUUUGAUGCGGCAUGCUGCCUUCGUUCUCGUCCUUGCGCUAGGCUUCGAGGCUGUCGCCUGCUUCACGAUAGGAGGAGGAGGAGGAGGAGGAGGAGGGCCUUGUAGACAGCUGAGGAUCACCAGAGAGAGGGGAACGACGCCCGUGAGCUUGAGAGGAGGAGCCUGUGCAGCGAAGAUGGCAGCUCCGAAGGUGGACAUGCGGGAGCUUCUUGGAUGCUGCGUAUAUGCAUGUGAGAGGGCAGGACAGAUCAUUCGUGAUGUUGAGAAGAGGAGGGAGCAAGGAAAGCUUGCAGGUACCAUGUUGAAGGAUGCGCAUGAUUCCCGCAGCUACCUCACCGAGGCAGAUACCUCUGCUCAGAAGGAGAUCCUGAAGAUCCUGCGCAGCAGUUUCCCGCAGAUCUCGAUCGUUGCAGAGGAGGAGGAGGAGGAGGAGGAGCUGCAGGGGAUCGGAGGAGUUCCUCAAAAGUUCCUUCCGGUAGAGCUCCGCGAUGUGCCGGAACAGCUGACGUCAGUGCCCGCAGAGGACGUGUGUGUGUUCGUAGACCCUGUGGACGGCACCAAGGAGUUCGUGGAGGGAAGGCUCGAGGCGGUCCAGACUCUCGUGGGGAUUUCAAUCAAUGGCAGGCCGACAGGAGGAGCAGUCGGCAUCCCCUUCCUCAGUGGCAUGGAAGGGGUUCACGUCGUGUACGGGCUGGUAGGAGCAGGGGUUGCCAAUGUCCCCCCACCAUGUAUGGAGAGGAAGGAGCAAGCUGGGGUCGUCCUGGCAGCCUCUCCCUCCGGCAAGGAGCAGGCUGUUCUUGAUGCUCGUCAGCUCUUGGCACCGAGCAAGCUGAUAACGCCAGGAGGAGUCGGGAACAAGAUCCUUUCUGUUCUGCGAGGAGACGCCGACUGUGCGCUGAUGCAUCUUCAAACAAACCUGUGGGACACCUGUGCUACAGAAGCGCUGAUUCGUGCAGCCGGAGGGAAGGUUUCUGAUAUGUUCGGGCAAGACAUCGAUCACUCAAGAAACGCGCGGACGAUGAAUGUCCUGGGCGUGUUUGCAACUUCUGCUCUGUUUCAAGAAAGGGAUGCGAAGAAGCGAUCUCAUGACGAGGUCUGUGCUGAAUGGAGGGAAGCAGGGAUACUGAAAUCCCUCCGCGCGUAG